AUGGAGGAAUACGACUUCAUCAUAAUAGGGGCCGGUGCAUCAGGCAUCAAUGCAGCCCACAAGGUGCAGACCGAGUUCCCCAAUGCCAAGUAUACCGUCCUAGAGGCUCGAGACACAAUCGGCGGCACCUGGGACUUUUUCAAGUACCCCGGCCUUCGAUCGGAUUCUUACCUCACGGGCUUUGGCUUCAGGUGGCGGCCAUGGAGUGAGGAAAAGGAGAUAGCGGACGGUGCUACCAUACAGAAGUACCUCCAGGGGUCAGUUGAGUAUGCGGGCAUCGACAAGCACAUCCAGUUCAAGCACAGGGUCGUGGGCGCUCACUGGUCGUCAGCCGAGAGCAGAUGGACCCUGGAAGCCGAAGUUAAUGACGGCGAGGCGAGGAGGAGCCUCAGAUGCCAAUUUGUAUUCGCAUGCAGCGGCUAUUAUGACUACAAGACACCACUGCGGGCUGAAAUUCCUGGUUUAUCCAACUUCAAAGGCACCGUUGUCCACCCGCAAUUCUGGCCCGAAGACCUCGACUACUCUGGAAAGCGGGUGGUCGUCAUCGGCUCGGGUGCGACCACUGUGACUAUUCUGCCUGUGCUUGCGAAAACAGCAGCGAAAGUCACAAUGCUCCAGAGGAGCCCAAGCUACGUCAUGCCGUUGCCAGCGGCCCCUGGACACAUCUUCGCUUUGCGCAAAUUUCUACCAAAAAGGGUGGCCGACACAAUCAAUUUCUGGAAGGAUGUUCUCUUUCAGACAACAGUUAAAACUUUCUGCUUCACCUUUCCCCAGUUCGCACGGAGGAUGCUCAUAAGAGCCAUGGCCAGAGAACUCAAGGGCUCAGGUAUCCCCGUCGACCCGCACUUCACACCCCGAUACACCCCAUGGACCCAGCGGUUGUGCGUCUGCCCGGACGGCGACUUCUACGACGCACUGCGGGGCGGCAACUGCGAAGUAGUAACGGACCACAUCGACACCGUCACCGAGUCCGGCAUCAAGACCAAGUCAGGCAAGACCAUCGACGCCGACAUCAUCGUGACAGCGACGGGCCUCCGGAUUCUCAUCCUCGGCGGCGUGGACUGCACCGUCGACGGGCAGCGCUUCAACAUCGCGGACCGGUUCGCCUGGCGCAACUUCAUGCUCGAGGGCGUGCCCAACAUGGCCAUGGUCAUCGGGUACACGGACAUGAGCUGGACGCUGGGCAGCGACGCGUGCCUGCGGCUGCUGAUGCGCGUCAUCCACCACAUGAAGAGGACCGGCGCGGCUGCGGUCCAGCCUGUUGUCCAGAACAGGGAGGCGAUGAAGGCCGAGCCGAUCAUCAGCAUGAAGUCCACUUACUUCAUGGUCGCCCAGGACAAGCUGCCGAGGAAGGCCGAGGUGGACCCCUGGAAUGAGCGCAAGGGGUAUAUAUCCGAGUCCUUGCUUGCCAAGUUCGGCACGAUCGGGUCUAUCACGAAAGGGUUGGAGUUCACUGCGGAUCCCGGGAAUGGGCAUACAAAUGGGAGCGCGAAUGGAGUGGUAAACGGAAAGGUGAAGGGUAACAAGGUGAACGGUCGCAUGAACGGGCAUACAAAUGGCCAUGCGAAUGGACGUGCCAAGGCGGAUUGA